AACUUUUUAAAAUUUUCAGUGGGGGAAAAAAAGUUGCUCUGGGCGGUCGGUGCUACCUGCAGUUAGGGUGUGGGUGCACCUCCUGACUAUUACUCACCUGCGCGCCACCACCCCCCGGCCCUGGCCCUUACCUGGCCCGGCCCUCAGGAACCUUGCUGAGUGGAUUUUUCCUAGUGGGGAGGGAGGAAAGCCGGAGCCCAAGAGCAGAGAGAGAGAGAGGAUUGAGGGAGAAGGGAGAAGCCGGGCCCAGAGGACAUCCUUUCUACAGGAACCCUUCCCAUCCCCUCCAGUCUCUCUCCUUGGGCGACUCCAGGAGGUGUGCUUGCAUGGGGGUCCGCGUGUGUCUUGGGACCCCUCCCCCAGAGAAACCCGACCUUAGAGCCUCUAGCAGAGCCGUCUUUCGUCCGGGGCCUGCGUUACGUCGGGGCCCUUUGGGCCGAGGUAACAGGAGAAGGAGCCGCUCAGCUAAUGUCACUAAACUUGCCCCGGACUCUCCGAAACUUGUUGCGGCUCCGCGCGCCCGUCUCCUUCUCCCCUGGCCACUCACCGCCUCCCGCUCCCUCGCUCCCUGUUCCCGGCUCCCCGCGGACCUGCUUUUCCCCUGAGUCCCGGGGCCGCCGGAUGCUACGGGCUCCAGGCGGAGGCUUGAGGCAGGGCGCUGCCCUCCCCACAACGCGGACCAUGCUAGCCUUGGCGCUGCUUGCCUUCGGAGCGCUGCGAGCCGGAUCUGGAAGCUACCUGGCUGUGAUCGCCCCCCAGGACCCAACGCUGCUCAUCGGCUCCUCCCUCCAUGCUACCUGUUCAGUGAGUGUGAGUGGCAGUGAUGCACCCAUGGCUGAAGGGCUCUACUGGACCCUCAAUGGCCGACGGUUGGCCCCGGAGCUCUCUCAGGUCCUCAACGCCACCACCUUGGGCCUGGCAUUGGCCAACCUCAACGGUUCCAAGCAGCAGUCAGGGGACAACCUGGUGUGCCACGCACGGGAUGGGAGCAUCCUCGCUGGUUCCUGCCUCUAUGUUGGCUUGCCCCCCGAGAAGCCUGUUAACAUCAGCUGUUGGUCCAAGAACAUGAAGGAUCUGACGUGCCGGUGGUUCCCGGGCACCCAGGGCGAGACCUUUCUCCAUACCAACUACACCCUGAAAUACAAGCUUCGGUGGUACGGGCAGGAUAACACAUGCCAAGAAUACCACACCGUGGGGCCCUAUUCCUGCCACAUUCCCAAGGACCUGGCACUAUUCACGCCCUACGAGAUCUGGGUGGAGGCCACCAACCGCCUGGGCUCGGCCAGGUCCGAGGUGGUCACCUUGGACAUCCUGGAUGUGGUAACAACAGACCCCCCACCAGAUGUCCAUGUGAGCCGAGUGGGGGGCUUGGAGGACCAACUGAGUGUCCAUUGGAACUCCCCACCAGCACUCAAAGACUUCCUUUUCCAAGCUAAGUAUCAGAUCCGCUAUCGAGUAGAGGACAGUGUGGAGUGGAAGGUGGUGGAUGACGUGAGCAAUCAGACGUCCUGUCGCCUGGCCGGCCUGAAGCCAGGCACCGUCUACUUCGUGCAGGUGCGCUGUAAUCCCUUCGGCAUCUAUGGGUCUAAGAAGGCAGGAAUAUGGAGCGAGUGGAGCCACCCCACUGCGGCCUCCACACCCAGAAGUGAGCGGCAGGGCUCCGGCGGCGCCUGCGAGCCUCGGGGAGGGGAACCCAGCUCCAUGCCGGUGAGACGGGAGCUCAAGCAGUUCCUGGGCUGGCUGAAGAAGCAUUCCUACUGCCCCAACCUCAGCUUCCGCCUUUAUGACCAGUGGCGAGCCUGGAUGCAGAAAUCCCACAAGACCCGCAACCAGCACAGGACGAGGGGCUCCUGUCCCCGGGCAGACGGAACACGGCGAGAGGUCCUGCCCGGAGAUAAGCUGUAGCAGUCCCAGGUCCUGGGCCAGGAGGGUGUCUGCCCACCCUGGUGCCCCCCCAGAGUCCAGGAAACACAGAGGGAGGACACGUCUGGGGCUCCCACCCGAGUCCUCCCAAGCACCGGAUCUGUGCAUUCAUCCAGGACACGAGAUGCCCACCCAGGCCAUAGCACCUGCCUGAGCCCGUUCCUCAAAUGGGCAGCCCAGGCUUCGGCGGAGCCACCAGGCGUCUGGGCUGUCUGGCAAGGAGCUGUCCCUAAGCCCCGGGCCGGCGAGGAGCGGAACAAGGCAGGGCCAGGGCGAGCCCCUGCCUCUCGUGGCACCCGCACCCUCCUGCUUCUGCCCGGCGCCCUGUCAAGAGUCUUAUAAAUAAACGACUUAUUUUUGGUGAA